GUGGUGCCCGAAGCUCGCCUCAACCUGGCAGGGUAUAGACUUCGGAACAGAGAGCCGGUAGAAGCUCGGACUCUUCUGGAACCACUGCAGCCCACCUCACCGUUACACUACAUCCUAAGAGCCGUGGUCGCUGUGAAGCUGUAUAAUGAAACUGGAGAUGACGAACAGCUUAAGCUGGCUCAGCAGAGCUUCCACCUAGUGGGCAGUUCAGCAUCAGAAUGCGACACGAUCCCUGGUCGUCAGUGCAUGGCUUCGUCCUACUUCUUGGCAGGGCAUUACGAGGAGGUGCUGGUCUACCUAAACUCUAUCAAAAGCUUCUUCGUCAAUGAUGAUACCUUCAACUUUAACUACGCUCAGGCCAAGGUGGCGACGGGCUUCUACCGCGAGGCUGAGGAGAGUCUAUUAUCAAUACAAGACGAGGGCAUCCGCAACUCCUUCACGUUCCUCGCAUGUCUCUGCCGGUGCCACGUCAUGAAUAAGGACGCAGCUCUUGCCUGGGAAAUUUGUGUCAAGUCGGCGGGCACUCCCGACAGCUUCGCGUUGUUGCAACUGGUUGCUAACGACAGUUACCGCAUGGGACAGUUUCUAGUCGCCGCCAAAGCCUUCCACAUGCUCGACAGAUUGGAUGGAGGUCCAGAGAUGUGGGAAGGUCUUCGCGGUGCAGUCUGUGGGUGCGCUCAAGCCGCCGCAGCCAACAGGCCUAACUCUGCAGCUGAGCUCAGGGACGCGCUCGCUCUACUCAAGGGGCCGAGGUCCCAUACCCGCGCAGACAAUAUAGUCAGGACUAUCACCAAGUGGGCACAACAAAACAGGAUCCCUGUUUGACCAGAGACUAAGACGUGCAAAAUAUCGUAGAG